CAGCUUGAUACAGUGAGGACCAUAGCAUCUAAAAGGCCGCACACAGUACAGCAUUUUUUCAUUCUAGCUGAGGUGGAGUGUUGUGGUCAUCAUGGGGGAACUGUUCAGGAGCGAGGAGAUGACCCUGGCCCAGCUCUUUCUGCAGUCAGAGGCCGCUUACUGCUGUGUCAGUGAGCUGGGAGAACUGGGCAUGGUCCAGUUUAGAGAUCUGAACCCAGAUGUAAACGUGUUCCAGCGCAAGUUCGUGAAUGAAGUGAGGAGAUGUGAGGAGAUGGACAGGAAACUGAGGUUUGUGGAGAAGGAGAUAAAGAAGGCCCUCAUCGCAACUGUGGACACUGGAGAAAACCCAGAGGUUCCUUUUCCCAGGGACAUGAUCGAUCUGGAGGCCACCUUUGAGAAGCUGGAGAAUGAACUGAAGGAGAUCAACACCAACCAGGAAGCCCUGAAGAAGAACUUCCUGGAGCUGACAGAGCUCAAACACAUCCUUCGUCGAACACAGCAGUUCUUUGAUGAGAUGGAGGAUCCCAACCUGCUGGAGGAGUCAUCAUCUCUGAUGGAGGCCAAUGAGGGGGGUCGCGGGGCCCCUCUCAGACUGGGGUUUGUGGCUGGAGUGAUCAGCAGGGAGAGGAUUCCCACCUUUGAGAGGAUGCUGUGGAGGGUGUGUCGUGGAAAUGUCUUUUUAAGGAAGGCAGAGAUCGAGGACCCCCUGGAGGACCCAGCCACGGGAGACCAAGUCCACAAAUCGGUGUUCAUCAUCUUUUUCCAAGGUGAUCAGCUGAAGAACAGGGUGAAGAAAAUCUGUGAGGGGUUCCGCGCCUCCCUCUACCCUUGUCCAGAGACCCCACAGGAGAGGAAGGAGAUGCUGGCUGGAGUCAAUAGCCGAAUUGACGACCUCCAGAUGGUGCUGAACCAAACAGAGGACCACCGUCAGCGAGUGCUGCAGGCCGCCUCCAAGACCAUGCGGGUGUGGUUCAUCAAGGUGAGGAAGAUGAAGGCAAUCUACCACACGCUCAACCUCUGUAACAUCGACGUCACCCAGAAGUGUCUGAUCGCUGAGGUGUGGUGUCCCGUCUCAGACCUUGACUCCAUCCAGUUUGCUCUGCGCAGAGGGACGGAGAGGAGUGGCUCCACAGUGCCAUCCAUCCUCAACCGGAUGCAGACCAAGCAGACUCCACCUACAUUCAACAAGACCAACAAGUUCACAUCAGGCUUCCAGAACAUCGUUGAUGCCUAUGGCAUCGGGAACUACCGGGAGAUCAAUCCAGCUCCGUACACCAUCAUUACCUUCCCUUUCCUGUUUGCGGUGAUGUUUGGUGACAUGGGUCACGGUGCGCUGAUGACCUGUGCUGCCCUCUACCUGGUCAUCCGAGAGAGUCGCCUCGUCGCCCAGAAGUGUGACAAUGAGAUUUUCAACAUGGUGUUUGCUGGUCGCUACAUCAUCCUCCUGAUGGGGCUCUUCUCCAUCUACACCGGCCUCAUUUACAACGACUGCUUCUCCAAGUCACUGAAUAUGUUUGGCUCUGGAUGGAGCGUCAGGCCCAUGUUUAGCCCCAAAGGAGCUAACUGGACAUUUGCGACCCUGGAUGGAAAUUCUGUUCUACAGUUAGACCCUGUUGUUCCUGGUGUGUUCAACGGGCCCUAUCCGCUUGGAAUCGACCCGAUCUGGAAUCUUGCCACCAACAAGCUGACAUUCCUCAACUCUUUCAAAAUGAAGAUGUCUGUGAUCCUGGGUGUCAUCCACAUGCUGUUUGGAGUGUCUCUCAGUCUCUUCAACCACCUGUACUUCAAGAAGCCACUGAACAUCUUUCUAGGCUUCAUCCCAGAGAUCGUCUUCAUGUUCAGCCUGUUUGGAUACCUUGCCCUGUUGGUCUUCUACAAGUGGACGGCAUAUGACGCCUUUACUUCCAAGGAUGCUCCCAGCCUGCUCAUCCACUUCAUCAACAUGUGUCUCUUUAACUACAAUGACCCUACCAACAAGCCCCUGUACAGGGGACAGAUGGGGAUCCAGAUUUUGUUGGUGCUGAUUGCCCUUGCAUGUGUACCCUGUAUGCUGAUUGUGAAAACAAUGGUGCUUCGGCGUCAGCACCUGAGGAAAAUGCAACUGUCGCAGAAGAGGGAAGAAACCCCUGCAGAGAAUCUAGAGCAGUCUUUAGAGCAAACAGGCGUGUCCUCAUCAUGCACCGGGCUCACCCAACAGGGCACACAGAAGUUCGGAGGUGUCCGGGUGGGUAACGGGCCUACGGAGGAUGAGGCUGGCAUCAUGGAUCACGACCACCUCUCCCAGCACUCAGAGGAGGGAGAAGAGCAAUCAGAGGAGGAGCCGUUUGAUUUUGGAGAUGUUGCAGUCAUCCAGGCUAUCCAUACCAUAGAAUACUGUCUGGGCUGCAUCUCCAACACGGCUUCCUACCUGCGCCUCUGGGCCCUCAGCCUGGCUCAUGCACAGCUGUCGGAGGUGCUCUGGACCAUGGUCAUGCACCUGGGUCUGUCUUCCCGGAGCGGGGGCGGGUUCUUUGGUCUGUCAAUCAUCUUCUCGGCCUUUGCCACUCUCACUGUCGCCAUUCUGCUUGUCAUGGAGGGACUGUCAGCCUUCCUGCACGCCCUGCGUCUGCACUGGGUGGAGUUCCAGAACAAGUUCUACUGCGGCCAGGGCUACAAGUUUUUCCCCUUCUCAUUCGACAGCAUCUUGGAGGGGCGAUUUGACGAGUGAUCAGACCUCAGCCCCUCUAGCAUGAACAGUCCUACUCUCCUUUCUGUGUUGUUUGAAUGUAUGAACCCAUGUGCAGCCCUCUGUCACGCUCUAGUGGUAAUUUGUAUAACCUGUGCAUCAUAGCUGUAAUGUGGUCUGGAAUGAGGCUGCGCUCUAUCCACAAAGUAGUUCCUGUUGACAUGACUCAGUAUCAUCACUGUACUGAAAACUCAACGUGGUUCCCCCCGCUGUCAUAACAUUUCCUCCACCUAUAACACUGUAAUGUACACACAUUAUUUCACUUUUAAGCAAAUCUAAGAAAAUAACCAUUUAUACUUUGAAAUUGGAGCAAUGAAAUGCCAUUGAAAUAAAGGUCAUAUACUGAAAAAUCUAAACUUUUCACUUUCUUAUUUUUGGACACAUUUUAUUACAAAAACUACAAGAACUACAAAAAAGAAGAUCUGAAUAAGAAAUAGCUGAAAUAACCAUCUAAUGUGCUGUGUGUGCAGUGUGCCAUCUCCUUACAGGUAUUAUAGCUUUCACCAUGGAGUAACAUAAUGUGGAGUUGAAAGGUCAUUGAUCUGGUGAAAAUCUGGUGAUAUGUUUGGUAUAACUGCAAAGCAAUGUGAUUCUCCCAAUAUUUGAGCAGUGUACCCAAAAUUUGAAAAAAAUCGUAUGGUACAAAGUGGAUGUGUUGUUACUAUCAGACCAUAAAGUUGUGUUACAUUGAGAAGAGAACAGAGCGGAGAUUGUGCCCCUCGUGCUGUGAUCUGUGGCUUCCUUGUGCUCAUUCUGUAAGAAGUAUUGUAAACCAGUUGAAAUACUCAGCUGAUUAAUUUAUUUUAAAAGGUCUAUGUUUGAGGAAAAGCCUACAAGUCAAAAUAACAUCACUCUUGAAAAGUUUACGAAAGACGACAGACAUGAUCUACAGCUGAUGAUGGGCAGUGAUCUGUGGC